GGCAGGCACCUCGUGUUCACGAGAGUACAUGAAGGCAACACGAGCUCACACUCAAUGAAAGAGAGCUUGAGGAAACAAGACUAGUGCAUUUUAUUAUAGACUCGCAUGCUUUUUAGUUUGGGAUUUUUACAUUGUGGUAUUUGACUGUUGUUGUUUUUUUUUUUUUAUUGAGUUUAAGUCAAUUUUGUGUUUGUUUUAUUUCACCAAUGACCUUCCAGGCGAUCUGGGUCAUGGUCAUGCUGUUUGGCAUCCUGAACGUGACCUCCUCUGAGGUGUUCAGGUGUCCGAAAAUCUGCAGCUGCACUGCCUCCAGUUUCCAAUGCAGCAAUGUGACUCAACUGACCUCUAAGAAUGGGACAUCACCUGUGUCCCUGCUAAUGCUCACAAACGUGAAUUUGACAGAGGUUCCGACCCAUGCCUUCACAGGGCUGGUCAGCAUAAGAAAAAUUUUGGUCUCCUACAGCGAGCACAUCACACUGAUACGAACACGCGCCUUCUUCUUCAUCCGUGGCCUGAAGGAAAUCAUUGUGGAAGGUCUGAUAAAUCUGAGGACAAUUGAAAAGGGUGCAUUCACUGACCUGCCUGAUUUGAAAUAUUUGCGCAUCUAUAACACCGGCCUGCGGCACUUGCCAGACUUCUCCACUAUAUCCUUUGCGAGAACUGAAUUUGUCCUAUCCAUGGAAGACAACGUGGAGAUCAAAAGAAUCCCUGCCAAUGCCUUUCAUGGUUUGGCAAAGAUGACAUUUGACAUAGCCCUGGUGAGUUGCAGUAUCAAGGAAGUUGAUAGUUUUGCAUUCAAUGGAACCAACAUCCGAAAACUAGAUUUAAGUAACAACAGAUUUCUUCGAAAGCUUCCAGAUGAUGCUUUUGAGGGAACCACUGGUCCGCUUUCUCUGGAUGUGUCCUCCACAGCUUUGAGCUUCCUCCCCGAGACAGGGAUGCGGCAUCUAAAAAAACUAAAAGCUACAUCUGCUUUUGCUCUCAAGCGCCUUCCUCCGCUGAACAGCCUGGCUGAGCUGCAGCAAGCCGACAUCACGUACCCGUGCCAAUGCUGUGCUUUCUACUCCUGGUAUAGCAAACGCAGGCAGGAGACCAUGAAUAAUUCAUCAGCUUUUUGCAAAACAAUCCAACGGGUAUUAAAAGACGGUACAGGAUACAACCUCUACAAUGAUCAUCCAGAACUGGAAGAUAUUUGUCCCACAUACGCAGACGUCAAGUGUACACCGAAGCCAGACGCCCUCAAUCCUUGCGAGGACCUCCUGGGCCCCAUCCUGGGCCACUUCACAUGGAUAAUCGCUUUUUUUACCGUCUUUGGCAACAUCGCUGUGCUGAUGCACCUGCUCCUUACCCGCCACAAGCUAACCAUCUCCAAAUUCCUCAUAUGCAACCUAGCCUUGGCCGACAUGUGCAUGGGCAUCUACCUGAUGCUCAUCGCCUUCAAGGACUGUGACUCUCGCCGUGAGUACUUUAACUACGCCGCUGCCUGGCAGACGGGCCCAGGAUGUGGCAUAGCAGGCUUCCUGACGAUGUUCUCUUGCGAGCUGUCAGUUUACACGCUUACUGUGAUCAGUCUCGAACGCUGGUACACUAUCGUCAACGCCUUAGAUUUCAACAAGAGGCUGUGCAUGCACCAUGUGGCAAACAUCAUGUUCGCAGGUUGGAUCUUCUCCCUGCUGGUUGCUGUGCUCCCCCUAGUGGGGGUCAACAGUUACAGCAAAGUGAGCAUCUGUCUGCCCAUGGAUAUUGACACGUGGGAUUCUCAGCUGUACGUGAUGAUCGUCCUCUCUCUUAAUGUCCUAGCAUUUGUGGUGGUGUGUUGCUGCUACGGGUGCAUCUACCUGAACGUCUGCAAGCCGCUGCCCGUCAAUCGCAGCAGUGACACAAAGCUUGCCAAGCGCAUGGCUGUGCUCAUUUUCACGGACUUCCUUUGCAAGGCGCCCAUCUCCUUCUUCGCCAUUUCCGCCAGCUUGCACAUGCCCCUCAUCAGCGUGUCUCACUCCAAGAUAGUUCUCAUCAUUUUUCACCCCAUUAACUCUCUCUGCAACCCUUUCCUGUACACCAUCUUGACCAGGCGUUUCAGGAAAGAAAUGGGUCGGCUGCUCCAUCGUUGCGGCGGCGCACUCAAGCUGUUUAAAGAUCAGAGGCAGCAGCUUCAAAGUAACUUGCGUACGAGUAACACCAAGUAAGAAAGCCAGUUUGAGGCUGUGCUGGCGUGCACCUUGGACAGGCGGUCUUGGUCCGCUUGCACUCUGACCAACAAAAAAGCACAGAGAAAUUACAAACAUUUAACACGAAAGGGUCAGCGCCUGCGUCUGAAAAGUUUCUUUACUUUUCUCUGUGCGUGCGUGUCAGCCGCUUUUUAGAGUGCAUUUUAACAACUCGUGUCUGCUCUGAAAAAUAGCACCACAAAGCAACACAGACAGCACGUUUUGACAGUUUGGUAUGAGGUAACGUUUGCUUUGCUGAAACCAAACCAAAUGUGUGUCUUUACCUGUUUGAUUACACACAGCAAAAAUGGAAAUCGAAGCAAGAUUGAACAUCUGCAAUCAAGGUCAAAAUACUUACUUUUGACUAAUAAAAUAUUUUUUCUGACUAGGUUAGACCAGACCAACUAAAAUGGUGUUUCGCCAACCAUAUUUUCCUGUUCUGUUCACACUAUAUUGCUCAUUUAAAGAAGGAUACAGUGAAACCUCGAUUAGCGUUAUUUUUUUUUUUGGUUUGUGUACAAAAUGUAUGCCUAAGUUUUGCCUCCACUGUGAAAUAUUACCAGGAUUUUAAAAGUACUAUUACACAGUAAAAUGCUGUAAUCAAAAUCCCCGGUAAAAUUGCAACAAAUAAUUGUAAAAAUGGACAGUAUUUAACUGUUAUUUCACAGUAAAGUAAUGUAAUCAAAAUCUGCUGUACUUUCACAGAAUGUACGUGUAAAAAUCACACACAUAAUUGUACAGCAGGUGGCGGUAAAGUGAGCGGGAACACUGAAAGGAAGAAGAAGCUGUUCCGGAGUGCCACACCAUGGAGCGUGUCACUACGCAAUACGUACCUGGAACGCAAUCGGUGCCACACAUGUGCCAGGACUACGUCAUUUCCUCCUUUAUUUUACAACAUCGCUUCUGCGUAGUUAUUUUUUAAAAUGUAUGAACAUAAAUGGUCAACAACCAUACUUCGUUUUAUGAGUAACUCUUGUUAAAAUACUUCGUUAGCAUGCGGAUGUUUCUAUCGUCUCGUGACAUCCACCAAGACUGAGCUAUGCACGCAAUGCACGUAGCGCAGAUGUAAACGUCAUAUCAGGUUACGUAUAAAUACAUAAAUUAAAUAGAAUAAAACACAUAAAAUGCAGUGAUACUUUAAUGUAAACAACCAUAAGCAUAAAUAUGUGUCCCUUUCAUUCCUCAUUUGUACGCAUUUCUAAUUGUUUUCUGCAUGGAAAACUAGAAUUGUUACAAUUUUUGGAUGUCUGGAAUGGAUGAAUCAGAUUUACAGUACAUUAUUUCUUAUGGGAAAAAUGUAUUCAGUUAGGAGUACGUUUCGGUUUGAAGGGACUAAUGACGCUAACCAAGGUUCCACCGUAUGUCACAUUUGAGUACAUACGAAAGUAAAGGCUCUAAUCAUAAGCAGUUGUUUAUUUACCUAAGCCGCAAAGAGAACAAGGCGUCAACAGGAAGCAGGCGAUAAUUGGAGCGAAGUUGUUCUGAUAUUUGAAACUCAUUCUGUAUAACUUUUAUUUUUCAUAGUAUAAUAAUGAUUAGGAAAUUAUGACAGUGGACAGGACAAUGUAAACUCUCUUUGACCAAUUGUUUAUUAACAACCUUUAUUGCACAACACAGCAGCAGCAGAACCAAUGUCGUAAUAGUGGUGAGGAGCAAACGGAUGAUGAUGCGUUCAUUGAAAAGAAGAGUACAAGGAGGGUAGCACGCAUGAGAUUCACACUAACCAACAUUUUAAAGCGUAUGCAGAGGUAGAUAAACUCAUGAUAAUUCAACUGCAGGUACUGCCAUCUUGAGUAGUUCAUAAAAACCUACAUCAGGAGGUUGCCUACAGUCACAGAUGUUGAUGUCCGUCGUUUUUGAUCCAACGUUGAUUGGAGACCCCAGUAGUUAUUUACGUUAUUAGUCCACCGACCCAGCAACUAAUCAAAUUGAGGCAUUCAUUGGAGCAUUUGAAUUGGUGAAAAAAAGAACAUGCCUGCUGAGAAAAAGAUCUUGCUACUGAACAAUAAUGAUUUGACUUUAAUUUGAGUUAUUUAAUCUUGCUUAGAGUUCAGUUUUUCCAGAGCGCAACAUGUGCCGUAUCCUGUCUGGACCAGAGUACUGAACUACAAGUGCGAACACAGCCUUUUCUUCUACAUGCGUAUUUGUGUCAUGAGCUGGAUGAUCUCGCGUUUCUUCAAAAGCUUUGAUCAGGUUGAAUAGACGGCCUGCAUUGUCUGCGUGAUCGCCUGCAGUAGAUUUGCACAAUACGUUGGUUUUUUUUUUAAGUGAGACGUUUAUCUGUUCAACUUCAUAUGUCUUAGUGUAUUUGUGCACGUUAUACAGUAUAUUUUACCACAAGGAUCUAGUUUGUGUUUUUUUAAUUUAGCGAGGUUCUUAAUGGGAGGUCCAAAUCCAGCUGGGAGCCUGUUCUUGAGGCCCUGCUGAGGUGCCCUUGAGCAGACAACCCCUGCAUUUCUGUCCUUGAGUCAACAGUGCUGUUGACAGUUUCCUCGUAUCAUGAAUUGUAUCAUGAAUGUGUUUUUAUAGUCUUGUAAUUUCAACCUAUUGAGUAUAUAGUACUGUAGUAUAAUACAAUAUACGUAAAUGAUUUCAGUUGCAAUCUAGGGAACCUUUGUAGACUGUUUUGAGCGCAUUUCAGCAAUAAAAGAUGUUUGAAGCUACUGUUUCUCAUGACACAAAGAGGCAUGUCGUUGUUGAAAGAUUUUGGCAAUUUCCAUUAUGAUAUAACCCAUAUGGAAAAGAUAUAUAGAAAUCUUUAUAAGUUUGUAUGUCUUUUGUUUGAAACUUGUACGUAAUGCAUCAGACAUGGAAACCUGGUAUAAAAUCCUUAGUAAACUUGUACAAAAUGAAACUUGUAUGACUUGGCCAUUGAUCAGAACAAUAUAUGGGAAAUGAUUAUCUUGCAUGAAAAAAAAUGCAAAAGUGGCCACUUUCAAGAGUAAAUCAUAUAAGCCUUAUAUGAUGCACAAUAUUUGAAACAUAAACUGAACGUGAUUGAAGGUUUUUCUACUUCUUUCCCAUAUGAGAAGGCUGUCCUAAAUUACUGCAAAGUACAACCACGUGAAUAAACACAAAUGCGAAUAAUCAGUAAUAUAAAUAUAUAUAUACACACACACACACACACACACCUUAAUAUACAAGGUGUCCCAAAAAACACAGACAUACUUAAAAUAAUUGUAAAUUAGGUGUUUAUUAUAAU